GUGAGAUGGUGUAGGGAAUUCAUGGGACUUCAGCCUGAGCAAGAAAGCCGAGAGCGGCGAAUGAGGAGCGGGAGACCAAGUCACGAGAACACGAAUGGGACUGAGCAGCACGCUUUGUAUGUACCCGGACUAUAAAGACGUACCCUACAAAUGCUGGGAUUUUUCUUGUAAAGCUAGUAUUUUAGUCCAGAUAUAAAUGUGACUGGAUCAGUGGUCACAAAGAAACUUUCAAGAUGUCUGAAGAACGAGGAAGGUAUGACUUCUACAUUGGGCUUGUGCUGGCCAUCAGCUCAAGCCUUUUUAUUGGUGGAAGCUUCAUCUUAAAAAAGAAAGGACUUCUCCGACUGGCUAGGAAAGGCUCCAUGAGAGCAGGUCAAGGAGGUCAUGCAUAUCUCAAAGAAGGGUUGUGGUGGGCUGGACUUCUCUCAAUGGGUGCUGGAGAAGUUGCCAAUUUUGCAGCAUAUGCCUUUGCCCCUGCUACACUAGUGACACCCCUGGGGGCUUUAAGUGUUCUAGUAAGUGCCAUCCUCUCAUCAUAUUUCUUAAAUGAAAAGCUUAAUAUCCAUGGGAAAAUUGGAUGUUUGCUCAGUAUACUGGGGUCAACAGUGAUGGUCAUUCACGCUCCCAAAGAAGAAGAGAUUGAGAAUUUGAAUGCGAUGUCAGUCAAGUUAGCUGAUCCAGGCUUUUUGCUUUUCGCAACAGUAGUGGUCAUCAUAUCUCUUAUCCUGAUUUUUGUUGUGGGACCUCGUCACGGACAGUCUAAUAUUUUGGUAUAUAUUACAAUUUGCUCAGUCAUUGGGGCUCUGUCAGUCUCGUGUGUGAAAGGACUGGGUAUUGCUAUUAAAGGAUUCUUUGCUGGGGAGCCAAUUGUGAAAAAUCCUGUAUUUUGGAUCCUGCUGAUAAGCCUUGUAGUUUGUGUAAGCACUCAGAUUAACUAUCUAAACAGAGCCCUGGAUAUAUUUAACACUUCACUAGUGACUCCCAUUUAUUAUGUAUUUUUCACCACCUCAGUACUGACAUGCUCUGCAAUCCUGUUCAAGGAAUGGCAACAUAUGUCAGCCAAUGACAUGAUCGGCACUUUCAGUGGUUUCCUAACCAUCAUUAUUGGGAUUUUCUUGUUGCACGCUUUCAAAGAUGUCGCGUUCACACUAUCAAACCUGCCCGUUUCAUUACGAAAGGAUGAGCGAGUAUUAAAUGGAAGUCUUUCUAGCACUAUGUAUGAACAACUCACCGGCGAUGAGGAAAGCCAAAUUUGUGACGAUGAGCUACAUUCGAACGAGACCCUGUCUUCUCGCAGGAACGGAAGUCUUGUAUCCUUCUGAAUGAAAUCAAUUUUUUUUUGCCAGCAAAAAGAAAUGCGUACAUAAUCUAAAUGUUUGAUUCAUUUUGUAAAUAUUCCUAAUAUAACAUUUGUAUUGCCUUUUGAUACUUUAAUACUUUGCGUUUUGGCUUCCAGCUGAACCAACACUGUGAUAUCAUGGUGUUUCUAUAUGAAGUCCACUAGGCCUGAUUGAAUGAAACUUGUGGAGAGAGGUCCGUAGACAAAAUGUCUGUAAAACAAGCAAUGCUAAAUUGGACAGAUGUUCUGGUUGCCGAGGACAGUCUGCCAGCAAUGCAGAUAUUUUCUGGCAGUUCUAGGGCAUCUAUGGUACGGAUACACAAUGCCAAAGGCUUAUUAUUGAAUUGUGUAUACUUUUGUAUUGACACUAGUAUCCUUUUAUAUUUGAUUUCUGCUGCAUAAGAGAGGGCGACGGUUCCACUACUAAUGUACCAUUCUGGGAAGUAGAUACAGGAGCACAUUUUAAGACAGUGUUUUUAAUGCUCUAGUGGCCUGGUGACCGUGGUCUAUAUUCCUUGUCAGUUUAUUGACUGCAAAUGUGAAUUCUUGUGGAUGCAGUGACCUUUCGGGCCGCCCCAAGCUCGAUCUAGAUCAGACCCCCCUGUCGCCUCCACCUCUGUGCUCAAUGUCCAGGUACAAAAAUGGUGCUGUGCGAGCUUAAAAAAACGGAGCGCUGGCAUAUGAUGUUUUAAAGGCCCCACGGCGCCUUUUAGUGAAGCCUAUGGAGGCUAAGCUGAGCAGGCACAGCCUCCAUAGCGUAAACAGGCCAUUUGGGAAGGUCAAAGAUCUCCCUUGUAAAUGGUGCAGGGAACACCAAGGGGCUUGAUCGCCCUAGUGAGUUCUGACCCACGAUUUAGUACCAUGGGGACUGCUGCCCCCUAGGCCAGGAUAUACGUCACUG